UGCCGGCGGGGACUGGGCAGAGCGCUCCGCGGGGGGCGGGGGGCUCCGAGGCGGGCCGGCGGGCAGACCCUCCGGCCGGGCGAGGGACCUGAACGCUUCUCUUCCCCGCCCCCUUUUGUGUUUCCCCUCAGACUCACCGGCCACCGGGGGAGCCUCGGCCGCCCCCGCGCCCGGGGGGUCGUUCCCUCGCAUCCUCCCGGCCUCGGGAAGGCGGCGGCGGCGGCCGGAGCCGGGCUGGGCGGCCUGAGGUGAGAGCCCGGCCGGCCCCGCUGGGAAUAUGGCGACCGGUGGCUACCGGACCAGCAGCGGCAGCAGCGGCAGCACCACAGACUUCCUGGAGGAGUGGAAGGCGAAGCGCGAGAAGAUGCGCGCCAAGCAGAACCCCCCGGGCCCGGCCGCUCCGGGCGGGGGCGGCAGUGACGCGACCGGGAAGCCCCCGGCGGGGGCUCCGGGCACCUCGGCCGCAGCCGCAGCCAACGAGCUCAACAACAACCUCCCGGGCGGCGCGGCCGCACCUGCCGCCCCCGGCUCUGGGGGCGUGAACUGCGCGGUGGGCCCCGCGGCGCUGCCCCGGUCCACCCCCGGCUCCCGGCGGCCGGAGGACGAGCCGCCCCCCACGGCCACCGCCGCGGUCCCCGCCUCGGGGACACCGCCGGCCCGGGGCGACGAGGAGGAGCGGGACGGCGCCGCGGAGAAAGGCAAGAGCUCGGGCCCCAGUGCCAGGAAAGGCAAGGGGCAGAUCGAGAAGAGAAAGCUGCGGGAGAAGCGUCGCUCCACCGGCGUGGUCAACAUCCCCGCGGCCGAGAAGACAAAAUGGAGGCUUAGAGAAUUCAAACGACUCGGGAUCACAUGGAAGUGCUUAGAUGAAUAUGAAGAUGAUGAAGCAGGGCAGAAAGAGCGGAAACGUGAGGAUGCAAUUACACAACAGAACACGAUGCAGAAUGAAGCUGUCAGCUUAUUAGAUCCAGGCAGUUCCUACCUGCUACAAGACCCAUCUAGAACAGUUUCAGGCAGAUAUAAAAGCACAACUGCCUCAGAAGAAGAUGUUUCAAGUAGAUAUCCCCGAACAGAUAGAAGUGGGUUCAGCAGAUAUAACAGGGAUGCAAAUGCUUCAGGUAAUUUGGUCUCAAGUAGCAUGUUGGAAAAGAAAAUUGAAGAUCUUGAAAAGGAAGUAGUAAGAGAAAGGCAAGAAAACUUAAGACUUGUGAGACUAAUGCAAGAUAAAGAGGAAAUGAUCGGAAAACUCAAAGAAGAAAUUGAUUUGUUAAAUCGAGACCUAGAUGACAUAGAAGAUGAAAAUGAACAACUAAAGCAGGAAAAUAAAACUCUUUUGAAAGUUGUUGGUCAGCUAACAAGGUAGAAGAUUCAAGACCCAGUGUGGAAAAAACAUUUUAAAACUACUGAUUGAAUGUUAUGGUUAAUGCUAGGAUAAUAUUCCUAUGCUGCAAUACAUUAAGUAUGUAUAUUUAUUUCGAGAAAACAGUGGGUGUUUAUUUUCAAAAUACUUCUUUUUCAUUAUUUCAAAACAGUAUCAACCUUCUGUUUCACCAAUAAGUAACAUCUUUCAGUUAUUAAAAUGAUCAGUUAUGCCUCUUUUGGUUUUGUGUGGUAUUCAAAUAAUAUGUGGUUUAAAGUCACAACCAUUUGAAUAUAUUUUAUCUACGGUAGUGUGUUUUCUCCCUAAAGGAAUAUACAUAGUCUUUGUUUACAUGGAUUCAAAUACUUUUGGGGAAUUACCUGCAAUUGCCUUAUUACUGAUGUGUGCAAACUUAUGUGUUGUUGAUUUACUCAUAUAGGCUUUGUCUAUUGUCAUUUGUUCUUUCAACUUAUUCUAAGCAGCUUAAGAGUAAUAGAGUGUCAUACCAUUUUGUACUAACAGUCAUCUUUAAAAAGGAAAGCUAUUAUGAAAAGUCAUUUAAUAUCAUGUACCAGUUGGCUAAAUAUAAAAAAAUUUAGAGAAUACUUGAAUUGUGCUACAGUAAAUUAAAAUACACAAUUUUUGUAUUUGAAUAUUGAAAAAAAUUUAAAAUCACUUUAGCAUCUGAAAAACAUAAACUUAUAAUUUCAUUGUAAAAUUUCUUAUGUAGGUACUACAUUUUUUAUUAUCCCAGGGUUUAUAAAUGAACAUAGAAUAUUUAAAAAGUUGUUAACUCAUCAUUCCAGUAGAGUGUGUACAAUUUCAAUGUAAAAGAAAAAAAUUUAUAUUUUUAAUUAUCAUUUGCAUUAAAAACAAAACCAAAAUAUUUAUCCACACUUUAAACAUUUAUACUUACAUUUACAAAACAACACAUAAACAAAUAGUAUCAAAAUACUUUGCUUAUUUCUAACUUGGAGAAUAACACUAUGAUACAGUUAUUCUCAUUUGAGAGAAUUAUUUCCCUACCUCAAAUUUAAGGGAUUUUCUUCCUAACAUUGGAUUUUUAAAAACAAUUUUAAAAAUUUUUGAAGUAUAUAAAUUUUCUAUUAAAUAUCAUUUAGUGUUUAGAGUUGUAUAUUAAAUUUUCAUGUUGAGUAAGGAAAACCCCCUCUUUCAAAAUAUAUAAAAAUUAAGGAAUGUCUGUCUGAUAAUUGAAUCCCAAACAGUAUACUAAUCCUGUUUUGUCCAAUUAAACAUAGUAAAAUCCAUUUUGGGUGACCUACUAACUUUUUCUUUACUUGCCAAGUCCUUUCAUUAUUUACUACUGGAAAAAUAGGGAAGUGAGACAGUUGGACAAAAUGUAGAGUAACUGAUAAAUAUCACCCAUGUUGAAUUCUAUAAUUCUAGGUUGGCUUCUCAUUCAGAAGUUUCAGCCUUGGUUGAUCAUCAGAAUCACUUUUGCCUACAAAGAAUUCCCAGUCUGUAAUUUCUAGAUAGAUUUAGGUUGAGACCCUGGACAGAAUUUUUAAAUCUCACUGUCUGAUGAUUCUGAUCAUAACCUAGGUUUGGAAAUAGCUCCUGUUGCCUCUUUCCUUUCUCUAUCAUCCACUGCAGACCCUAGAAUUAACAUAUGUUAGCUAUGAGCAUUUUGUCCCCCUUUUAGUUUAUUUAAUAAUUUAUCUGGUCUCUGGGGAAGUUUUCAUAUGUUUAAGUAUAUUUACCCAAAAGUUUAAUGUUAGAUUACCAAACUUGAUAUAGUUACAGAAUUAUUGCAUAAGGGCAUCCUUUUUGAAGAAUGUUAGCAAACAUGGGAACAGUGACCUGCUCUCCACAUAUCAGAGUGGUAUGCCAGGUUCAGUUACUGCCUUGGUUCUGAGGCACUCAUCUCCCCUUAAUUACCCUUAAGUAUGUGGUAGAAAUAGCAGUAUUUUCUAGUUUGCAUCCAAGCUUUGGAUGUUGUGAAAAUGCUGUCAGUAUCCAGCCUUAAAAUAUAUUAGUGUGCUGGUUUUUUGGUAAAGUUUUUGAAACUUCUAUUUAAUCCAUAUGUAAAUAAAGGAAUAUUUCAUUUCCCUUUUUAAAAUUAUGCCAGUUAUUAGUGCUUUUAAAGACGGACUGUUUUUAAAUUUUCCUUUUCUUCAGUUUGUUAGAAAAGCUCCAGCAAUGAUUUUUUACAUAAUACCUAGUGCAAAUAGAGGAGCCUGACAACUUAAGCAAAGUAGUUCACAAGCAGUCCUUCCUCUUGGCCUUAAAAUGUAUAUUUAUAUCACUUACAGAUUUUGACACUGAAUAUUGAAAAAUUAAGUAGGAUCUUUUACAAUUUCCCUUUAAAAUGUAUAAAAAGCAUUGAGGUUGAAAAAAAGCAUUGAGAUUUUAAAAAGGUAAAGACAUGUGCACUACCUUAGAAAACUUGGCUGUUGUCAAUAGAAUGCUAGUAUUUGUGAAAUUUUUAGUACCACUCAGAAAUGAUAUUUCUUAUAUUUCCUGGGAAUUUAUGGCAUAAUAAAGCAUACAAAAGUUUUAAUGUGUUUAUGAUAUUAUUUUCAAAACAAUAAGUUUAUUAAUUUUGAAGCAUGAACAUGACUUGUCUCCCCUGAUUUCUGACAUGCAUUAACUUGGAAUUACAAAGUAAUCUCCAUUUUUCAUUUUUCUAGAAUUAUUAUUUUAUUGUACUACAGUCACCUUUAGAAAGGAAGAGUUUGGUGGUUAUGUAUUUCUGAGGGAAUUUACUAAAUACAGAGAUUAAGAUUAGCACAGUCACACUGGCUCAAGUAGUUUAAAACAUAAAAAAUUAGUAUCAGGGCAGACACAUGUAGCAAUAAUUUUUUUUUAAUUAACUUUUUAAUUGUGGUUUAAAACAAUGUAUUCUUAAGGUGAAAACCCUACCUCAAUUAUAUGUGGGUUUAUGUUUUCUGGAUUAAUCUGGAUUUUUAUAAUUGCAAAUUAAAAUGUAACAUUUUGAGUCCACUAACACUUUGUUGAAAAUACAAGUCAGUAUAAUGACUUUGUAAGUUCAACACUGUAAUAUAAAACAGGAAAGACCUUUGGUUUGAUCAUUGAUCUGAUGUCCUAGACAAUAUUCAUAUGUAGAGUGAUAGUCAUCUUUUGUCUUUUUUGUAGUUUUAUAAUCUUGAGUCCGUGCCUAGUAAUUUCCAUGUAGUAUUGGCACUUAUUUAGUAACUGUUCAUGGUUUAGUUAAUAGCCUGUUACAAGAUUCCAGCAUAGAUUUUCAUCUUGUAAUGUAAGAAACCAAACACACCAGAGUUUCAUUGGUAGAAAUAGUAAUUGAGAAAGAUCUAGCAUUCAAGGAGUUAGAACUAAAAUAACAUGUUAAAGUCAGUGCUGAACAUUCUCUUACUGUAUCUGAACCAUUCCUAAUAUGUAAUGGUAAGCUUUACUUCCUUUGCUUUGGAACUGUGUUCACUCUCAUAAGUAAAGGACAUCCCAUCAACUAGGAUUAUAAUUUAUAUGUUACUUAUCUGAGAACUAGUGCCACUUUUGUUGUUCCAUUAAGCCGAAAGCAUAAUACUAAUAGACAACAAAUGUUUUGCUCUUCAGGUGCUUCCCCCAUGUUGUUAAGUUUCUCAUUAAAGUAUAGAAGUUGGUUGUUUCAUUCUCAGUAUUGACUUAAAAAAUUAUUCUAGAAAACCUAAACCCAUAUUGUUUUUUUAAUUUUACUUAGCUAGACUCUCACAGCAUGUUAAAAUGUUCUCCCCAUUCUAAAAGUAAUUACGUGUCAGUAUAUGAGAGGAAUAUGGAUAAGGACUAUAAAUAUAUUAAAUUUUCAUAUCUUUUCGCAAGUAUUUACUAUUCUGAUAGGUAUCUAGUUAUAGUUUUUAUAGACAUUUUUAAAAAAUGAACAUGGAUCAGCCCUUUCAUUUAGCAGUGUACAGUCUAUGUAGUGUGUGUCAGUAGCACAAAGUAUAACCUUAAUUAGCAUUAGCUGGUCUAAUCUGAAUAGUUCAUUCAAAAAUUUGUUUUUUGGUUUUUGGUUUUUGGUUUUGGUGUUAUCUAGCCAUUGUCUUUCAGGUCUAGUUAAUAGGUACCAUUUAAUUUGCUGCAGCAUUUACUGAAUGGUGGAGUGGAAGACCUGAUGCAUGUUGGGAAAUAUCUUACUAUAUUUCAUUUAGGUAAUUAUUCUUUAUGAAGAGAAUGUUGUUAAGGAAUAUUGCAGUAAUGAAGUAAAAAGAACUCAAUAAUAAUUCAGAUACAACAAACUAUUAAUGGUAUUCUCUCUGUACAUUACUGAUUACUAGUUUGUUUUUAAGUAUUUACAUUUAAUAAGCAGUUCACAUCCUGACACAUAUUUCUUUGGUAAUAAUAGAGUGUUAGUGAUGAUCACUUGAUGGACACUAAUUAUGUUCUUGUUUUGUUUUGACUCCUCUGGAUACCUAACAGAUAUACAUUACUUUUUUUGGUGAACCUUUUUUGGGGAAGAUUUGGCUAUUUUAAUCAGGGUUUUUCUUCUGAGUUUAAGUAUUAGAUGGCUGCUGCUACCAGCAAAAACCAUAUGAAAACUAAAAUUUACUGUUUUGUUGAAAAAUCAGUUAAUUCAGGUAAUUAAAUAUUUAUAGAAAAACACCUGGAUAAUUUAUUGACGACAUUAGUAUUGUGUAGAGAGCUUUUAUAAUUACCAUGGCAUAGGUUUUCAUGUUGGAAUAGUCAACUUGAUAUAGAUUGACUUUUAAUAUGUUUUGCAUGUAAAAUAAUAGUCAAUAAAAAUAAAUUUUCAUUUAUUUUUCAACAAUGGUUAAUUAUCUUUUUUCCUCCCUGAACUAUCAGUAAAACGCUGACCAUGAGUUUUACUUUUGGAGUUAAGGGAUGACGUUAAUCUUCUAAUUAAUUUGUGUGCCUCUUACUAAAACAGUACAUUUGAAUCUUUAGUAUACAUUAUUGUAGAAGGAAAAAUGUUGUAAAAAAUAAAAAUGCCAUAUUGCUAAGAUCUGUAUACUUCAGUGGUGGGACUUCUUGAAGAAGUGAGGAAGUGUACAUAUGUUCAAUCUGACUGAAAAUUUUAAUGGUCUUUGUUUUAGAACUACAUGAAUAAUGUCCUAAUUCAAAAUUGGAUCUCUUAUCAACUAAAUCUAAUGGUGUUCAAAGAAUUUCAGGUCCUUCAUAGUUUGAAAAAGAUAAGUAGGAGUCUGGGAAUGUAAAAAUCUGGUCUUUGUUUUUUGAGUAAAUGGUUUACAUAA